AUGGCGUUAUCGGCGAUAAACCCAGCUUCGUCAUCGCAAUCGCCGCCUUCAACCGUUCGCAUUUCUUCCCUGUUCACCACCUUCAACGAAUCCUCGGUCUUUCAAUCAAAUCGACCAGAUCCUAUCAUGUGGGCUGCAAGGCCCCGGCCACCCUCUGCGCGAUGGCCAACUUCCACUCGAGCUCUCUCGAGCAUUCGCGGGCGCGGCGUACGGCGCGGUCCUCGCAACAGCAUCACCCGCCCAGAACCCAUUCCACCAGCUCGAAGAGAAGCAGAGACACCGUCCCAGUCAGAAUCUGCAAGUCCCCAACCGCAAGAUGCCGAAAAUCCUCACUACAAUCCCUCGCAAAACACACUCCUCUCACCUGUGCAUCUACCAGAAGACCCCAACGGCGUGCUCAAGUCGGCUCACCCAGCCACGAAUAUCCUGGCGAACUCGGGGCUUGUCAUCCAGCGACAGUUGGAGAUGAUGAAUGUUAUGAUUGGUUUCGAGCAAGCGAACAAAUAUGUUAUCAUGGAUGCGCAAGGAAAUCACGUCGGGUACAUGGCGGAACAAGAAAAGGGCAUGGGAAAUGUGAUGGCGCGCCAAUGGUUCCGAACACAUCGGAGUUUCGUGACGCAUGUGUUUGAUCGGCAUGAGAACGAGGUCCUCCGGUUCCACCGUCCAUUCUCUUGGAUCAACUCGCGAAUCCGAGUCUACGAUCCUGUGGAUGUCACUCCAAGCGCACACUCAUCCUCCACCGCUCUACGGGGUGUCUCUCCAGGCUCACUCGUUCAAGCUGGCGUGUCAUCAAACGCCCAAGUAUCGCCACUCAAUUUUGACGAAAUGCGAAUCAUCGGUGAAGCACAGCAGCAGUGGGCUCCCCUGCGACGAAAAUACAACCUCUUUACAUAUCACCCAUCCCCAAAUCCGGCGACGGACAUGGGCACCCAACGUUUCCCACUAUCCGAGUCUGAUUUGUCCCAAACGCAGCAGAUGCAACUCGCCCAGACAUCAGCCCAAAACGAGGGCGCAUACAAUCAGUUCGCCUAUGUCGACGAACCUUUUCUCUCUUGGGACUUUUCGCUUCUAUCCGCCGAGAACCGGCUGAUUGGAUCGGUGAACCGCAAUUUUGCAGGGUUCGCGCGCGAGUUCUUCACGGAUACUGGGGUUUAUGCGUUACGCAUGGAUUCAGCAGGGCUGAGAGACGACCAAUUGGCGCCCAGCCAGGGAACCUCGGAGGCUGGAAUGACUCUAGACCAGCGCGCGGUGAUGCUGGCCACGGCCGUGAGUGUCGACUUUGACUACUUCAGUCGCCAUAGCGGCGCGGGCGGUGUUGGGUUUAUGCCGCUCUGGUUCCCCGGUGUCGGGGGCGAGGCGGCCGCAGGUGGUGGUGCUGCUGCUGGAGGUGCCGCGGCCGGCGAAGCUGGAGCAGUUGGUGCUGGUGAAGCAGCCGCUGGGACUCUCGGUCGAGCCGGUGCUGCGGGUGGUAUGGCAGAUGGCGCGGCCGCGGGGGCUGCUGGCGCCGGGGCGAUGGCUGGGUAUGAAGCCAUGCAACGGGGUGUGUCCGGAGAUCAGAGUGCGCAGGCAUCGUCACCUGAACAACCUGGGGUGCCUCCAGCGGACCAUCCAGAACCCGGGCAGCCGGGAUUCUACGAAGAUGUGUGGCCGGAGGAACGACAGGAAGAUCCGUGGGGCCGCGACGAGGAAGAUCCGUGGGGUGGUGAUGAAUCCGGGGGAGACGGAGGCGAUGACUUUGACUGGUUUUGA